AGAGGGUGUGCAUGUCCAACUUGGCAAGGUGCAAUCGGUUACGGAAAAAAGGACACGCGGACAGCAAACUGCAGUGCAAGACGAGACUCCUUGAAAGAAGAGGAGUAUAUUCUUUGAGCUGCCAUAUUGAGAGAAUAAUGGAUUGCGUCACAACCUUGAUGUCAUGCACAUAGAGAAGAAUGUGUGCGACAACAUAGUUUUCACCAUAAUGAACGAGAAAGGUAAGUCUAAAGAUCACAUUAAAGCUCGAAGAGACCUCCAGUUGAUGGGAAUAAAGCAUGAUUUGUGGCCACGGGACGACGGAAAGUACCCAUCCGCCAUCUUUACUAUGACCAAUCCACAGAAGGAGCUCUUUCUAAGGACUAUCAAGAAUGUCGUCUUUCCAGAUGGAUACUCUAGCAACAUUUUCCGCUGUGUGGACUUACGACAUCGCAAGUUGUCGGGCAUGAAAAGCCACGACUGUCACAUUCUAAUGGAAUAUCUACUUUCAAUCGCGUUAAAGAAUGCAUUGCCUGCCCCAGUGUCUUCUGUCCUGGUGGAUUUAUCAUCCUUUUUUUGCCGAUUAUGCAUCAAAUCCAUAGACCCUCAACAACUUCCUCUCCUUCAGAAUCACGUGGUUCAUACUCUGUGUCGCAUGGAGAUGAUUUUCCCUCCUUCUUUCUUCACAGUGAUGGUUCACUUGACAGUGCAUUUGGUCGAGGAGGUGCGUCUCGGUGGCCCAGUGCAUUAUCGGUGGAUGUACCCAAUUGAACGGUACCUAUGCUGUCUCAAGCAGUACGUGCGUAACAGAUCACAACCAGAGGGCUCAAUUGCAGAGGGAUACUUAUCUGAGGAGAUUCUCGUAUUCUGUUUAAGGUACUUAGAUAAUGUCGAGAGUAGGAUUAAUCAACCAUUGCGUGUUGACGAUCAACCGCGUGAAGUCAUGUAUGAUGAGAGUGCAACCAUGUUCCCAGAGGUUGGAAAGGCGGUCGGGGCUGCUUCUUUUUAAACCCUCACACCAACUGUAAAAUUCCAAGCUCACCGUCACGUAUUGGUCAAUUGCCUGGCCGUGGAAAAAUAUCUUGAUGAGUUUAGGGUGAUCACAAAGAGAAAGUUACGAAGUAAGACAAGGUCCCAGUCUCACGUAGACAGUGUUGUGCACAGAGAAUUUCUCAAUUGGUUCAAGUGUAAGGUGAAUCCUGGUA